CGAACCGAUAGGUCCAUAUAAAGUAUAAUUUAUAUUGGAAAUUUAAAGAAUUAAUGCCAAUUGAAGCUUAAAAAUCAAUUUUUUAACUAAAAAUCCGAUGUAUAUUUUUUAAAAUAAUGGCGAAUCAAAAAUUUCAAUUUAAAAAAAAAUAAUCUGACUCGUUUAAAACUUGUCACAAGAAAAUUAUUAAAAUUGAUGAUUACAUUUAUGAUGUCAGUCUUUUAAAAUAAAAAGUUGCGGAUCCAAAACGACAGCUACUUUUUAGAAAACUCGAUGUUAUCGGGUCCGUAGUUAGAAUUCACAAAAAAACAAAUAAUUAUGGGAGACCAUGAAAUAUUAUUACAAUAUUGACAAUUUUUGUCUCUAUUGUACAUUUAUAACAAAGAGUUUUAAAAAUGGAACAUAUUUAAUUAAAACUUUAAACAUUUUCAUGAAAUUAAAGUGAUUCAUUACGCCCCUGAUCCAUUACUUUCUCUUUUGCAACCCCUCUAUUUAUUCUUCUUCACCUUCAAUCCUCUCAUCACUCAACCACUACAUUCUAUCAGUAUAUAUUAUACAUCCAUUUAGGCACCAUUUUGGUUCUAUUUUUGGUUAAAUUGUGAAUAAAUGAUACCUGAAUUUUUAUUUUAAAAUAACGUCUCUUUAAUAAAAAGAAGUGUGCUAUUUCUUAAAGGAUUUUUAAAAUACUUAAAAAGAAUGGAGAAUUUAUUAAUGACACCAUCAGCAACUAUUGAUGAAAUUGAAAUGUUUGACUCAGCAAUAGAAGUAAUUGGUUAUAUUGUGGAUGUAUCGAAAAAAUGUGUUAUGAAUCAGGAAUUACUGGCAUUUACUCUAGCCAAUGGAGAAGGAAGAAAAAUAUCCUGCGUCGCUUGGGGAACAGAAAAUGUUAAUCGCCUUCAUUCUAUCAUUCUUAAAAAUAAAAUAUUACAGAUAAAGGGUGCUGUUGCACAUCCAUUAGGAAAACCUGAAUAUCAAAGAGGAAAUGCUCAUUUUCUAUUAUACGUAAAGAUGGAUACUACAGUUACUUCUAUUGGACAACACAUUAAUGAGUUUUAAAUGCCAUUGGUAAAUAUUUAUGAAAACUUGUUUUUUAUUAAAAAUUAAUUUUAAAUAAAUCAAAAUUUAAAGUACCGUAAGACGCAUUUACUUGACUCUCUGAUUUAAAUGUAUGUAAACUAUCUUCUUUAAAUUAAAUUUAGAAAAGUCUAUUAACCGUCUUGACGGUACAUAGUUCAUCAAUAUCAAGAAUUACACAAGCACACUAAAAAAUAAAAGUGGUCUAUUUAUUAAACCAGGUCUAUAUACAGAUUAUAUUGCAAAACAGAACCAUAAAAUGCACUUUUCUUACAACAACUCAAAAACAAUGUCAGAAUUGCUCCAUCACCCUCUGUUUUUUAAUAAAAAAACUACUCUUAAAUGUACAAAUUCAAAAUUUAACCCUCCUACGAUUUUAUGAUUUUUCAAUUUUGCAGGAAAUAAAUUUA